AUGUUCUUUCAACCAAUACCUGCUAAAGAUAAAAUAACUUUUACGAACAGAAUAGACGUUUUAACAUCGGUUGACAUUCAAGAAGUAGUUAAAGCCGGUGGUAAUAUACUCAGGAUAUUAGAUGGAAUAGUCUAUGAAGAAAAUUUUAAAACUCCUCCAUAUAGAGAAUACAUUUUAAUUUUGAAGGAAUUAAGGAAUAAAUACAAAAAGAAAGGGGAUGUGGUUGCUAGUAACUGCAUGAAGUUGUUAGCAUCAAAAGUUAAAUAUAAUAUCAUUUUGACUUCUGAUGGUGUUUUGAACGAAAAGAAAACGUUUAAGGGAUACUCUAACUAUGAGAUUGAGAUGGACGAUUAUGUUCAAUUAGCUAGCGGACAUGAUGUGACGAAUGAAUUUGAUAAACCAUGGGGAAAGAGUUUUACUGAUGGAAUAGUUAUUCCUAAUGAAAAACAAACUAAAAAAUUUAGAAGUUAUUUGAAUUUAAUGAAGAGAAAAGCACCAGAUGAUGAAGGAAAAAUGUAUCCUUACAACUCUGGGAGGGAGAUGUGCUUGGAUGACGAUUAUGUAUUUGAUGAUUUUGAUUAUUUUACAAAUGUAUCUAAUGAUGAUCCAUCAGAAUAA